GGCGCGGGGCCGCCAUGCUGGCACCGGGAGCGGCGGGACGAGCGCUGAGCCGGGCCCUGGGCCUGGGCCACGGCCCGGUGGGACCGGGGGCGCCGGCACGGGCCCUGAGCCUCAGCCACGGCCCGGGCUCGGUGGUGGUGGAGCGGGUGUACCCGGUGCCGCUGGCCCGGGCGGGCGCGGUGCCCCGGCCGCAGCCGCGCCGGUUCCGCGUGUUCCGGCUGCUGCGGGACGGGAAGCACCGGCCCCGCGGAGAGCUGGAGCUGCUGCUGAGCCGCGCCGUGCAGGGCCUGGGCGGCCGCGGGGACGUGGUGAGCGUCGGGAAGAGCCGGGGCAGGAACCAACUGCUGGCCCAGGGCCUGGCCCAGUACCCCAGCCCGGAGAACCUGCGGCGCUUCCAGCGGGAGAGGGAGCUGGCUCAGCAGGGGAAGCUGGAGGAGCCCCAAACCCUGAGCGGGCAGAAGACCCUGGAAUUCCUGCGGCGCUGCCGGCUCCAGGUGGGGAUGAAGAACAACCGGAGCUGGGAGCUCAGCCCCGCCAUCGUGGCCCGGCACUUCCUCAAGAACCUGGGGGUGUCGGUGCCCCCCCACGCUCUGCGCCUGCCCCCGGAGCCGAUCACGCGCUGGGGCCACUCCUGGUGCGACGUCACGGUGAACGGGCUGGACACGGUGCGGGUGCCCAUGGACGUGGUGCAGUUCCUGCACCCCAAAACCAAACGCUUCCGGCACUGGCGGCAGCGGCAGCAGCAGCAGCUCGAGAGCAGCCGGGAGCGGCUCCUCUGAAUUUGGGGUCCCCCCCGACGGAUUUGGGGUCCCCAGAAUGGAUUUGGGGUCCCCAGGAAUUUUUGGGGUCCCCAGGAAUUUUUGGGGUCCCCUGGAAUU